UUAUUCUUGAUUUGAAGACUUGAAGUUCUUCCAAUUUUCUUUCACAUGUGCCGAAUUAAUUUAUAAAGUGACAUUUGAAGCAAAUUUUAAACAAUUUUUCCAAGAUGAACAUGCAACAUAACCGUUCAGAAGAUGUACAGACACAUCAAGAACUCGAAGAUGAAAUGUCAAGGUAUAUAAAGGUUUUAAACCAGGAUUUUGGGCAUCUCACUCUUGAAAAUAUCUACAGAUCAUAUUUGAACUAUAAAUAAUUUGUUGAAGGAUUUUUUAGAUGGAAAUUUCAAGUUUAAACUUUUUACAUUUAUUAGACCUAACCAGGAACAGUUCAUGUAGAUAUAUAUUCAGGUGAUGCAUUGUGCUUGCGGUUAGAGUAGAGCAGUGCGCCAGAGUUUUGGAAAACUCCCGCGAAAACUCUGGCAGACUAAAUUAUGAAAAAUUAUUUCAUAUUUCAAUGAACUUUUGGUAAUGGAAAAAUUAUGUUGAAUGAUUUGAAGUUACUAUAAAGUUUAAUUAUUUGCUCCAAUCUGAUUUGUGGCUUUGAAAAUUCUGCAAGCGCAUUGCUAUUGCUUUUGAUACAAAAAUAUGCUGACCCCAAUGUAUUUUGGGUCACACACUCAUCUUAACCAUAAUUUUUAAAGAUGCUGUAAAGUCCGUUCUGCGCAUAUAUUCUGCGUAUCAACACAUUCCAUCAGUGGGGGAGAAACCUUUGGAAUGUUGUUAAUAUUUCGCAACUUCCGAACUUUCUUGAAUUGAAUCUCUAGUCUGCAUUCAUUUACAAGCAUAGCGAACCGGAAGAGUGUUAAAAAUUCAGUAUAAUAUAUAUCUAAUCAUAUUUUACAACUGUAGCGCUGAGUUGAAAAUGUAAACAAAGCGUUUGUUUACAUUACGGACUUUACAUGACCUUUACAGGUAAACUACGUGAAGCGUUCCUCUUUUGAGUCCCUAACUCAUUCGGAAUUUUCAAAAUUAGAUUUGCAAAUUUGAAAAACCCUUCGCAAAUCCCUUGAGGGAAUUUGCAAUUUUCCUGGCGGCCGUUGCAAUAUUCCAACGCAAAGAAAGUUCCUUUCAAAUUUUCCUAACUUCCUGUUUUAAUUUCCUAACUUCCUGUUCUGUUCUGAGCGUUUUCAUUGGUGGAUUAUUUUUGUUGGCCAAUUGCAACGCACAGAACAGAACAGGAAGUUAGGAACUUGUAACAGGAAGUUAAGAACUUCUAACAGGAACUGAGGAAAAUUUAUUUUGCUCUUAAGAACAUUGCAAAUUCCCUCAAGGGAUUUGCAAGGGAGUUUUGCAAAUUUGCUAAGGUAAUGAUGAAAAUUGCAAUCAACUUAGGAACUCAAAAGAGGAACGCUUCACGUAGUUUACCUGUAACACAUGAAUAAAAUAACAUGCAACUUUAAACGAAAAUUGAAAUCAGAUUGUUUCACCCGCCUAUAUACGCAUUUUCUUUAUUGCGUGUUGCAUAAAAAGAUAUCUUUAUUCACGUAAAAUCCCCUUAUACUGCAUACCAUACUUUGGACUUCUACCAACUGAUUGAAAAUGCAUCUCUCGUUUACUGACAUUCGCAAGGAAUUUCCAAACCAUCAUCAUGGUCUCUGUUCACUGCUUACCUUGCAUUGCUCAUUUUUGUUCUUUAAUUAAUAAAAUGAAAUUUGAUAACACCAAAGUCGAAUUUUGGGGUACCUCUACUAAGCGGGCACCUCUAUUAAGCGGCCAAAAAGCCGGGCCCCAAGGGUUCAACUGUAUAAUAGCGGUUCAACUGUAUAAUGUUAGAAAUCUGGAACAUGCAUGGUCCAAUGCUUGAGUUUAUUAAAUUAUUUUAUUUUGUUAGAUUUGAAGAAGAGAUUUCUGGACAUACAAUAGAUCGUCCUAUAAUUGGAACAAACACAUUUCGACAGGCUUCACAAACUAUCCAUCAUGUACAUGGCACAGGACCUCAGGAUCCUCGUUCAAAUAACUUUGGUCACUUUCAUAGCCAAGAACCUCCACAUAUGCAGGGCUAUCCACCUGGGGGUGUACCUCCUAGGGGCCAUCCUGCCAGUGACCGUGCUCCUGGGGGAAUGCCUCAAGGGGGCAUCCAUCCAAUGGGCCAUCCUAGGGGUGAGGGCAUGCCUCCUAGACAUGGUCCUCCUGUAGGUGUCCCACAUGGGGGCAUACCUCCUGUGCAUAAUAUGAAUCCUGAAAUGACUGGACAGAACAUGCCUAUGGACAACAUGACAUACCAUCAACCUCCCUCUCAACAGUUUCCUGUACAACAGGUACCAUUCCCUAUGCCACCAAUGCCCCCACAAAUACCAGCACAGUUUCACCCAGGCAUGCAGCAGAAUGUAAUGCCAGGUAUGGUCCCUAUGGUACCAAUGCAAUUGCCAACAGGAGUGAAGGCACCAGCAGAACAUAUUGGUAUUACUCCAGAACAGAAGAAGGAAUGGGAGUCUGCCUAUGGAAAACAAGAUCCUGGUGGAGGAAAAGCAAAAAAGAAAGACAAAAAGUUUGUCAGAGUUGCCGGGGGUGUGGUUUGGGAAGAUAACUCACUAGCUGAGUGGGAUCCCAGUAAGUUAUUAACAAAAUUGCUAAACUUGGGGAAUAAGCUUUGAUAACGUUGUAGAACUAAUACAGUAUAUGAAAAGGGCCUUCUUAUCUUCCAAUCCUUUUCAGGCUGACAACUACAGUAUGCACCUAACAGCAAAAUGUUACGAACUGCCAUGCAGUAUAUGCAUGUUAUCUUUGGAACUCGGAUUGAUUUUAUACAUUUAAGGCUUUGUUCCCUAAAAUUUAAAUAAUUUUCUUCCUAGAUGAUUUCAGGAUAUUUGUUGGUGACCUUGGAAAUGAAGUGACAGAUGAAGGUCUGACACGAGCUUUUGCCAAGUAUCCAUCAUUUCAGAAAGCAAAAGUUGUGAGAGAAAGGAAAACGAAUAAAACCAAAGGUUAUGGAUUUGUCAGUUUCAAGGAAUCAAGUGACUUUAUCAAAGCAAUGAGAGAAAUGAACGGUAAGUAUUCAGUUGGGGUGGUAAAUUGUACAAGGCGUGUUUGGAAGUAAUUCCUACCGCCCGGCGCACACUAUAGAGCUAUGUGGUUAGCAAAAUUUCAUUUGUGACCAAUUCCAUAAGCAACCCCCCCCCCCCCUGCGGAAAUCGUCACUCGUUCCAAAAAAUAUUCAACAUGGAAUUCAAUAUUCGGCACCGAUGACACGCGUGAUGAAAAACACCCAAAACAUUACCACAUGGUAAUGUUUUGUGUGUUUUUCAUCACGCGUGUCAUCAGUGCCGAAUAUUGAAUUCCAUGUUGAAUAUUUUUUGGAACGAGUGGCGAUUUCCGCCAAGUGUGUGCACAAGAUACAGUAAGCAAACAGCUUACAAUAUUAUGCGAAUACGCAUGCGUAUUGCUUGCGUCUUUCAAAUCAAAAUUGCGGCGAGUAUUGAUAACAAGUUUGACCACGCCAAAAAUUAUUCAACAUGUUGAAUUAAUAUUCGGCGCCGAUGACAUGCUUGAAGAAAAACUCAAAAUGUCACCGCACACUGCGGGAAUUUGCUUGCGCAAGUAGUCACAAGUAAAAUUACAUAGCUAUAGCACUGCAUGCUGUCUCUGUAGAAUUCGUCCUAAACAUGCUUCUAAAUAUUAAUGAAGAACAAAUACGGUUAGUUCAGAAAUCUCUUUCGGUGACAACAUGUGACAAAAACAAUAGACCUUUUGAGUGAAAUUUUUAUCUAGACAAAAAUUUCAUCACAACUUGAAAGAGGAUCACAAAAUUAGUAAUAUUCCGAAGUUUCGUUGCGAAAUGUUGUAAAAUGCGGAUAAUAUAGCCCUGCGAAGUUUGCCGUUUUUCGGUCAUUUUGCAUUACAAACGGCAAAUUGGUAAUCAGAUGAUCAAAUUGAUUACCAAUUUCCCAUUUGUAAUACAAAAUGACUGAAAAACGGCAAACUUCGCAAGGCUAUAUUAUCCGCAUUUUACAACAGUUCGCAACGAAACUUCGGAGUAUUACUAAUUCUGUGAUGCUCUAUCAAGCUGUGAUGAAAUUUUUGUCCAGGCUUGUCUAGAUCAAAAUUUCACUCAUAAGGGGAAAGGUCUAUUGGAAAGCCGUUACUGGUGGUAUUAUAACAAUCCGGAUCUCGAGUUCUACCAAAAGUGAUCAGUAUACACCUUCCAAGUGUAUGCCAAAGCCAAAAAAUACCUGGGUUUCCUAUUUCUUUUUGCAAAAACUCAGGUUUGGUAGGGGUAUUUUGGUAUUUUGUAUUUUGUAAUAUUUUUCAUUGCAUCAAAACGAUAUAAUUCUACGUCAAUUACAGCAGAACAGAUGGCACAAACAUUGGUUAAAUAUUGCUAAUUGUCAACUUUGAAAUAGGUUAUACUUUAUAUAGCUACUGUACUGUACAUACAGUAGUACAAAACCCCGUGGGUACAUUGCUCCAAACUCUUUGCAAACUUCAGAUAAAAAAAUGAGGGUUGGUGAUUUUGAUGCCCAAAAGCCAUCCAGGUAUACUGUAGGGUCGAGAAACCGGAAACCCAGGUAUUAUUUGGGCAUAGCCUGUCAAGUGGAGAUUGUUGUGAAACUCAUUAGAAUAACAAUAUAACUCAUUAUCUAUGGUGGUAAACGUUUAUUCAUAAAUCUGGUCCUUCGCCGUCACGUGUGUAUUGUAUUUUUACCCAACUAAACAAUAGCAAUGUUUUAGGAAAGUCACAUAUCCGUGACUCGAACAAUAAUAAUAAUAAUAAUUUAUUAAUUUGUACCGCGCUAAAACUAUAGAAUAUUCUAAAGCGCUUAAUUACAUAAUUUCCCUACGUUAUUUACACAACAUUUAACUACUAUAAGCAUCUAUUUAAAAAUAUUUAAAAACAAGAAGUAUUAUUAAUGUACGCAUCUCUAUACAAAAAUGUCUUAAGAUUUGUCUUAAAAGAAUCCAACGAAGGUGAAAGCCUAAUCUCACACGGUACUAAGUUCCAUAGAGUAGGUUCUGCUUUCAAAAAGGCACGAUCACCAAAAGACUUAGUUUCUACGUGUGCUUGGAACAUGAAGAAGCCCUAGUUCGUCCGAUCUCAAAGAGUAGUUAUUACUUUGUUUAUAAGUCAACAUGUCACAAAUAUAUUUGGGAGCCAAUCCAUGCAGAGCUUUAUAAACCAAGAGUACGAUCGUGAAUAUAACACGAUAUUGAACCGGUAACCAAUGCAGACUCAUUAAUGUAGGUGUAAUAUGAUCAAACUUAGGUACAAGACAUACAACACGAGCAGCAGCGUUUAGCACUUUCUGCAAUCGAUUUAAUUGAUAUUAUGGAAUUCCAUACAGCAAAGAAUUGCAAUAAUCCAAAUGGGAUUUAAGUAUUUCCUGAUUUGUUUGAUAUGGUAAAGGCUUCGAAAGGCCUUGCUGCAGAUUUUGCUAAUAUGCAAAUGCAUGGACAUGUGAGUAUCUAACCAAGACCCAAGAUCACGAACAGCGCCUACUGGAGAAAUCAAUACUUCUCCUACCCUCAAUUUGUCAAUCGAUACCUUGGAUAAUUGCUGACGAGAGCCAAUAAUAAUAAAUUCUGUCUUGCUACUUUGAAUAAAAAGACGAUGUGCAGUCAUCCAGUUUCGAAGCUCAUCAAUACAAUCUUCCAUUGCUUUAACAGCUGACUCCUGAUGCAAUGAGUUCUGAGGUUUAAAAGAAAGAUACAAUUGUGUGUCAUCUGCGAAAGCAUGAUGACAAGGCAGAUGUUUAGAAAUAAUCUCAGAAAGGCCAGACACGUAAAGUAAAAAUAGAACUGGACCCAGGCAGCCGCCCUGGGGAACUCCAGUAGCAACCAUAAACUCGGAGGACUUGCACCGAUCAAUGACAACUUGCUGCUUUCUAUUAGCCAGAUACGAUCUAAACCACUGAAGUGCGCUGUCCACUACUCCAAAAUCAUUCUUGAGGAUAUCAAUAAGAAUAUUAUGGUCUAUAGUGUCAAAGGCAGCACUCAUGUCGAGCAUAACAAGCAACGUAACCUCUUCGUUGUCCAUAUUAAUAAGUAUGUCAUUCUGCACUUUGAGCAGCGCAGUUUCAGUUGAAUGGAACUGACGAUAUGCUGAUUGACUGACAGGCAGUGGUGCAUUUUCGUUACAGUGAUUAACUAAUUGCGACAUGACAACUUUCUCAGCUACCUUUGCAAGAAAAUGAAGAUUAUUAACAGGUCUAAAAUUUUCAAACACUAAAUCCAUACCAAGUUUCUUAAGACGGGGAUCUACAAGUGCCAAUUUUCAGGAACUAUUCCUUUCUCCAGCGACAUGUUGAUCAUUUUUGUAAUUAUCGGACACAGAACAUCACAGCAAUCCUUAAGCAAAUAAGUUGGUAUUGGAUCAAGUUGACAAGAGGCAAUUGAUGCUUUCGAAAUAACUCCUCGUAUAUCAUCUUGCGACACAGGAGAAAAGGAUUUAAGCAAUACUUCAGGUAAACGAUGUUCAGUAGUUAUCGGAUUAACACCAAUCUUAUUAAUUUCGUCAUUGAUAAGUUCAAUCUUUCGACCGAAAAAUGUUCCAAAUUCGUUCGCCAGAAUCAACGGAUCCUCAUAAGUGGACAAUAGGGAAACUGGAAAUUGCUAUUGGUGGAUUUGGCAGAAAUACAAUACACACGUGACGGUGAAGGACCAUAUUUAUGAAUAAACGUUGACUAACACAGAUGACGAGUUAUAUUGUUAUUCUAAUGAGUUUCACAGCCAUCUCCCCUCCGAUAGGCCAUGGUUGGGGUUUUUUUGUAUUUUUUAUUUUUUUUUUAAUUAAUACUCAUACAUGAGAAUGAUAUUCUACGUCUUACUCUCGAUUUCAAUUUGCUUUUAAAAUCUGACUUUGAAUGUCUGUUUGUAACUUCGGAAUGUUCGUUGCAAUGUUUUGAAAUUCGUUUUGAAUUUCAUACAUGAUUCAAUAGGAGGCGAUUUGAUUGGCUGGUUCAUUUAACUAGCCGAUUACAACUUACUAAACUUGACCAUCGGAAAUCAUCGCAACGAACUUCGAAACAAACUUCGGAACUUUGCAACGAACAUUUUGAACUUACAAAUAAACAUUGGAAGUCAGAUUUCAAAAGUAAAUUCAAAUCGAGAGUAAACCUCAGACAUUGAGCGCGAAAAGUUAGGUAUGAUGAGUAUUGCUUAUUUGGACAGAUUGGUGGCCGGACAGUUUGCCGAAAGACACUUUGCCGAAAGACAUUUUGCCGAACGGACAUUUUGCCGACGGACGUUUUGCCGAACGGAUGUUUUGCCGAACGGACAGUUUGCCGAACGGACAGUUUGCCGAAAAUAGAGAUAUCUUCUGAAGUUUAUAGGUUCGCUUACACGGUCAAAAUUUCUGUGAUUAAAGUCGUUGUCGAUUUUGACGACAGAAACUUUGAUAGUGAAGUAUAGUUUCGUUUUAUAUUCUUUCAAGUUUUUUGACAAGUUUACCGAAAUUUCGCGAUAUAAAGAAUUUCAAUUCAAUUUUUUUUUUUCAAUUUCAAUUUAUUACAAGUUAAAAACAAACAAGUUACACACUACACUAACCCGCAAGUAGUUAAAAACUAAUCUAGGCGGGUAUAGUGUUGAUUAGAAUAUAUAUUUUAUAGUACAUAGUCAGUGUCGAAAAGAUACAUUAUUGUGCAAAAUAGAAAGAAAAGAAAAGAAACAUUUAUAUCUUUGAUAUUAUCGUAGUGACAUCAACAUAAACAUCCUCGCUUUCCAAGACCUGGAAAAGUAUUGCAUUUAUUUUUGUUUUAAAAAUACAUUUACGUCGGUUCCGUAAUUCAUUAGGGAUACCAUUCCAAAUUUUAGUUCCGAGUCGAGAAUAACAUCAUUCAACAUCAUUGAUGAAUGUGAAUAUAUUCCAUGAUUCUCGAAGUGAAAUUCGCUUUACGUCGUUGUCUUUGUAUAGUAAUACGCUUGUUUGUUUACGACCUGACGUCAAAACACGUUCCUAACAAAUGAGUCAUCCGCUGCACAAACAAGCUACCAAUAAUCAAUAUGGUUAUGUACUGCUAACGACCAAUUAUGCUCUGCUAAUGACCAUAUAAUGGUUAUUUUACACAAUGUUUGAGAAUUACAAAGUUGAGAAAUGAGGCACAGUCCCAAACAUUUUGACGAAAUAGCAUCUCUAUUUUCGGCAAGUUGUCCUUUCGGCAAACUCUCCAUUCGGCAAAAUGUCCGUUCGGCAAAACGUCCGUUCGGCAAAACGUCCGUCGGCAAAAUGCCCGUUCGGCAAAAUGUCUUUCGGCAAAGUGUCUUUCGGCAAAAUGUCCUGGUACCGGACAGAUUGGACAUUGUCUUAGUGAACCAAAUAGCCCUACAUCGAAAGUGUCAUUUCAACUCCACAUAAGGCUAGAUCGUUAGCUCAACGAUUAAUGUAAAAUAUAGCAUGCACUACCUACGAAACUUAUGAGAAAUUAUUUCUUUAGGGAAAUAUGUUGGCAACCGCCCAAUCAAACUCCGUAAAAGCACAUGGAAAGACAGAAGUAUUGAUGUUGUUAAAAAGAAAGGGAAAGAAAAGAAGAAGCUAGGUUUAAGAUAACAUCUACAGGAGGACAGGAAUAUUGAUAGUGUACCUGCAAUAUACUGCAUCGUAUUCUGGCGCUAUGUACAGUAAUAUAUAAACAUCAAGUAAAAAUUACAAAUUAACCCCCAACUUUAAGGUGCCAGAUCAG